UACAUAGUGGUAUAAUCCAUUAUUAUAAGAAGGGUAUUUCAUUUCGUAAUUACAUAAUUUAAUUUAUUAAAAUUAUGAUUUCUGUAAAACAUCAACAUAUAAAGCAGACUGAUUUUGAUAAAUGUCAGGUAUAGAAAACAAAUUUUCAUUGUUAACAUGUAUUUAAGAAACGGAUCUUAUGAGGGGGUAUGGAAAGAACCUUAAUGUCUUAUGUUUUGUCCGGCUCUUAAAGUUUACAAGCUCUCAACCAGGAAAAUAAUUUCGUACUAUCAUCGUUCAUCAGUCGAAAACGUAGUCGCUUCAAUUUCUUCAGUUUGCAGUAUAUUUUACAAGAAUAAACUUCCUUCGAACAGUUGAGCACCAUGAAAAUUAUACUUGCUACAGUCAUAUGCCUUUGUAUCCUUGAGAUAGCACUCGUGGACGGUUUUUGGGGGCGUCGAAGACGACGACGCCGCCGAUCGUGCUCUGCUGUGAAUUGCGCGUGGAGUGGCUGGCAGGAAUGGGGUGCCUGUUCUAUAACUUGUGGAAAUAACGGCGAGCAAACAAGGAUUCGAACCCAAAGUAGAUCUGCGUCUUGUGGAGGUUCAGCGUGUACUGGUCCGAGUCAGGAACAGAGAGUCUGUUCACCUGGGUGUAUUCGUGGUACUGCGGUGCAAGGACGUUGCGCAAAUUGUCCUUUCCCAUACACCGGCAACUGCUGCGAACGUCGCUCAUGCUAUCCUGUGAAUUGUGCGUGGGGUAACUGGCAAGAAUGGGGUGCCUGCUCUAUAACCUGUGGAAAUGGUGGGACAGAAAGGAGAAGUCGAACCAAGAUUCGAUCUGCGUCUUGUGGAGGCGCAGCGUGUACUGGUUCGUCUCAAGAACAGAAAGUCUGUUCACCUGGGUGUAGUCGUGGAACUGCGGUGACAGGAUAUUGCGCAAACUGUCCUUUCCCAUACACUGGUAACUGCUGCGAACAGUUCAUUGAAGGUGACCCUUGCACGACACAUAUUGAGCUAAGUCAAUCCUGGCGAAGUAUUAACUAUCCCCCAGAGCAAGACAAUUCUUAUCACUAUGCCAACCUGCUCAACUAUUGGUACCGAUUCGUCGGUGGGGGCGGUGGAGACAUGCCGACCAAGUGCGUGAAGGCCAAAAGCUGUGGCGUUUUGAAACCUAUUUGGAUGUCUGGUGAUCAUCCGACUUCUAACGAAGGCGCUGUAUGUAGGACAGUAUGUACCAGUGCAAGUGUCAACGGAGAAGACAACUGUUGUAUCGGUAGGAACACAAUUGAGGUAAAGAACUGUGCCGACAACUUUUAUGUCUACAAACUUUUCCAGCCUCAGGAUUGCAACGAAGGCUUCUGCGCAGGUAAAGAAGAACCUUGUCCACCGAAAACAAAGUCUCCGAAUGGUUACACGCCUGAUUGUAUGGCCGAUCCACCACCUGACACAUGUAGGCCUACACCUUUUUUGGAAUAUAGGCCUAUUCAGCCACAAGCUGGGGCAUUCCAGUUUGUCUGUACCUUCAAUGUUCCAUGCCAGAGGAACAUAACAUACGACGUCAAUUGGUAUGCUGGAGGAAUUGUUCUUAAUGACUUUGCGAUAUCCGUCUCUGGGAGUACGACAGGGGCAACACUGGGUGUACAGCAACUGGCGAGUGUCAUGACAACCAGUACCACGAUAACCUGUUCUCUCUCAGUACGAUAUAUUCACACUGACGACGGUACCCCAAUGAGUGAAGCUACGUCACCAAAAGAAAGCAAUGCUCUUGCCUUUGUGGUUACCUAGCUAGAGUCUUUGUUAUCGUCUCUUCAAUUUAGUUAUUAAAGAUAUCGAGAGUAUCCACGUAUAUAACAUAGGCAUACAAUGAAGCGUAUUUUGUUUUUCUGUCUGUUUCACGAAAUUGUACGCGAAAUUGUUAGUUGCUUGUCGUUGUGCGAUAGAAAAUAAUGUAAAGAAUAAUUAAUGAUUUUAGCUCAGCGGCGCGGUUAAAGCAUACAGUUCGAAUCGAUCAAGCACUCUUCAAUAAAAUUAUAAAACUUGACACACGAAUGACCUAGACUGUAGAAAAUACUUUGAAUUUGGGACUAAUGUUAACAGCGCCCCCUAGUCAUAAAUUACACUUUUUAAAGUAUAUAUCAAAAAUUAAAUGAAUAUUAGUCUAAUAAUUUGCGCCUUUUAGUGUCCAAGUUUUUAGAAAAUGUUAUUGCUUAUUUCAUACGUGAAAUGCUUUUUCGAAACCUAGGAAAACAGUAGAAUAUUACAAUUGGUUUUUCCAAUUUAAUAUUCAUAUUCUAUAUUAGUUAUUGAGUUAAUUAUUUUCAUUUAAUCAAUAAGGAUUAAAUUUUGCACGUGUAGAAUGAAUAGGCUACGCGUGAUUGUACACGAAAAAAAAAGUUACAACCUUCAAAUGUAAAAAGUAGUUGUUGUCAAUAGAUAGCUAAUACAGUAGACAGUACAUGUAGAGAUUUCAGCUAACUUAAGGAAGUUGGUACUUUUUGAUCCGAUAUUCUUUGAGUAAUACACUUCAUUCAAGUUCGGUGCAUGGUGUGUGCAUUAUACAGAUUAGUGGCCUGUUUGCUAUUUCUGUGAUUGUUUUGGUUUGCAGUUCACAGUUUAGGUGCCUUGACGUUUUGUAAUAAAGAUAACUGCCGUGUUACAA